AUGGCGAAUCCAGUAUCAACCACAUAUGGAAGCCAUUCAUCGAUCGAACGCAUUGUCUGGACAGAUGACGAUGAUAAUAAUCAAAUUAAUCAAAAGAAGUCCUUUGCUUGGCAUUGGUGCUUUAGAUGCUGUUUUAUUGGAUCAUUAGUUGCUGGAAUAGGUUUAGCUAUUGUACUCGCAUUUUGGUUGACUUCAAAAACAACAACAACAACGGAAACAUUAACUCAAAAAACAACAGUAUCAACUUCAACGAUGAGCACGACUCUAGCAACAACAACAACCACAAUCUCCACAUCUAAUUGGCUGAUUAAUGGUGAUGGAGAGACUGGUUCAUGCCAAGUAGGAUACGGCAUAACGAGUCCAACAGGCUGGAUGUACAAUGGACCGGUUACGCAAAUAUAUUAUAGUGCUAGUGAUGGUGAUUUAAACUCUACGACUUCAGGUCCUAGUAAUCGUGGACAAUGUUAUUUCUAUGGUCAAAUUUCAAAUGUUACUUCAAUGUGGCAAUAUGUAAACCUGACUAGCUCAAUCAAUCCUGUUUUGAUUGACAAUCAAACAGUACGAUUUAAUUUUUCAGCAUGGCUUGGCGGUUAUUAUGAUCAAGAUGACAAUGUUCAAGUCUCGCUAAUGUUCAUCAAUCAACUCAACCAAGCUGUAGGUAGUACAGUCGUUCUUGGACCAGUAUUAGCUAUAGAUCGUGGGAACGUCAGUAAACUGCUCUUUCGGCAAACUAGUGGGCUCGUACCAACCAAUGCUCGAUCUUUAUUGGUGACGGCUACAAUGAUUCGUACCGCAGGAAUCGCCUAUAAUGAUGGUUGUGUCGAUAAUAUCUAUCUUUAUUUUUAUCAAUAA